AUGAAGUGGUGGUGGACUUGCGAGCCCACAUACGUUGUUACGAAUAUCUUCCUCAAGAUGAGCAUCGGCAUCUUCCUUCUGCGCAUCGCCCAGGAUAGAACCCAUCGCAUGAUUCUUUGGAUCGCCCUCAUCGCCAUCCAAGUAUACAGCGUGUACUUCUUCUUUGUCUUCACCUUCCAAUGCUGGCCUGUCUCGUUCUUCUGGGAACAGUUCCGCGGUGGCAAAGGACAUUGCAUCCCCUCUAGGUUCGUCGUGAACUCGUUCUACGGCUACUCUGCACUGUCCUGUGUCACGGACUGGACAUUCAGUAUUGUUCCAAUCUUCAUCGUGCACAACUUGCAGAUGGACAAGAGGAAGAAGAUGACGGUGGUUGUUGUACUCGCCUGCUGCGCUAUUGGCUCCACCGCAACAGUCGUCCGCAUCCCAUUCAUAAAUGGCCUCAACGAUAUACCCGACUUCCUAUACACUACCACCGACGUCGCGAUAUGGUCUACCGUCGAAACCGGAAUCGGCCUUGCGACCUCCGCCGCCGCCACGCUCCGUCCCUUGCUCCGCCAGGUGUUUGGUGAAAUUUCGACGCAUGAUAGCGCCUCUCGCAAGCACUCGCGCAGAUGGAACUCGGGACACCCGUCACGUUCAGGGUACCUGGAACAAGCAAGCCAGCAAGGCGGGAAUGACAUCCAGCUCAGUAAUCAUGAUUCAAAACAUCAUACUGUCCAUGUCACCAGCGGGAACGCGAGUCCGAGUGGGAGUACGCUCGAGUUGAACAUGGAGUGGGAGCAAGAUAAAUUUAGUGGAACGGCUGAUGUAACUGCAGCGGGGCACAAUGGAAUCAUGAGGACGGUGAAGAUUACGCAGAUGUAG